GAGGAAUUACGCCAAGCGAUGGUUUCAUCGCAAGAAUGGGACUAUCUCAAGUACUUAAGAGUCACACCAGAGAUCCAGUCCGCCAAACUGCUAUGGCAACUGCCCAUGGCUAUCCAUGCAACAGGGAAACAGCUCAGCGAGCUCUCAAUCUCAAUCCUCCCUACGACAGGCAACUUCUGACAAGAUGUGUCCCUUCGAUCUAUUUACCGGCGCCACGAACUGGGAGGGUCUCAGGGCCGCGGUCCGAUCUAUCCGGACCCUUUUGGUCAAAGCCGGAGACGGUCGCCUAGUACAGCUCCAUCCCAUCCUCGCACAGAAUCAAGCUUACUUGAACAAUUACCUUUCCGCCCUGCUCUCCGGCCCGUGCUUGGAAGACGUGGAUCUCGAUUUCGGUGCCCUGACACUCCCGUGCCGCGGCCGGGUCAUCGGGCCCGUCGAUAAUCCCGAGCCCCUGAACCCUGUCGGCUCCGUUUUGGCAACAGCUAGUUGGCACAACAUAAAGAGGCUUUGCGUCCACUAUGCUGCGUUCACCGAAGAGGAGCUUGUGAAUUUCUUUGAGAGGAUAGGUAAUAGGCUGGAGCGGAUAUAUUUGUGCCAACUAGGUGUGGUGAAGGAGGGUGGUUGGGCGCGUCCGUUGGAGGUUUUGCGGGAGAAAGUCAUGCGUUCAUGUGUAAGUUCCGACGCCCUGCUCGAGGACUUGUGCGGUGGGGGGUUUUGUGACGUCGACAAGGCCAAAGAAUUCGGACAUGAGGAGGGAAGUGAAGAUUCUCAUGAUGAUUGGGCCUGUCGAGCCGCUAGGAAGUAUGUACUUGGGAUCCGGGCGAUGAACCCUCUUGCGGAACUUGAGCGAUCGAGUUUGGCCUGGCCGCCGCCUGAUACUUGUAGUCACUCUCUAUGCCAAUCCGAUGUCUAGAGGUGUUAUAGAGGAGUGUAUACUGAUCAAGGGAAUCAACCAAACGUUCGGUCUCUCUUUGUCAACAUCGUUGCCGUCGCGAACUUGCAAGCGAGCCAGCUAAAGUCGCUGGACUAUGCUGAAGAGA